UUCGCCCAGUUCAGUGCUGGCAUCGAAAGCGAAAAGGUCUUGACACAAAAUGCUCAGCCAUUGCCUAAUUUUCAUAGGCAGCCUUUUAGUACUGCCUGCUGCGUGGGGUUACUUUGAGGGUUGCGAUAACACCUAUACCGUCGAUGGCACGAUCUACGUCGAAUCUCCGUAUUAUAACUCAACCUAUCCGCCUGGCACCUCGUGUCGAUACAAAUUUGUUGCACCCGUGGAUUAUUACAUUACAGUACAGUGCACGAUCAGUUUGCCAUCGAAUAAUGGCCAGUGCAGCACGGAUAACUUCUGGCUGGACACUGAAGGCGAUCUCUUGAUGCGCACCUCGGAAAACUUUUGCGGCACCGGCACCUUCACCCGAGAUUCUCUAUUCACGGAACUGGUCUUCGCCUACAUCUCAACGGGCAGCAACGUCGGGGGAAAGUUCAGGUGUUCACUCUCCGCCAAGCCGCAGAGCUGUAAUUGUGGCUGGUCCGCCACCACACGCAUUGCCAAUGGCCAAGCUGCUGCUGCCAAUGAAUAUCCCAGUAUGGCAGCCCUCAAGGAUACCACUUCGAAUGUGGCCAUUUUCUGUGGCGCUACUAUUGUCUCACAUCGCCACUUAGUGACUGCUGCUCACUGUACCAAUCAAGUUAGUCGAGCCACCAACAUUGUGGCCAUCGUGGGCACCAACAGCAUACAAAAUCCCAGCAGCUCGAUCUACUAUGCUCAGUAUGCCAUUCAGCAAAUGGUGCAACACGAGCAGUAUGUGAAUAAUCCAUCUGUGGAGAAUGAUAUCGCAGUGCUCACCACAGCCACCUCUAUAAAAUGGACAAGGGGCGUGGGUCCCAUAUGUUUGCCACCCCAGGGCACGUCUGCCACGUUUUCUUACGACACCGUUGAUGUUAUUGGCUAUGGCAUGACUUCGUUUGGCGGUUAUCUAUCCGCGACUCUGCAGAAGAUCAAUCUGAUGGUUGUCAAUAAUGUGGAUUGUCAAACAGAUUACAACGGCGUAGCUACCAUUAAUUCUGGUCAAAUCUGCACUUACGAUUAUACGGGCAACAGUCGCGAUUCCUGUCAAUUUGAUUCAGGUGGUCCGGUUAUCAAGCGUUCCGCCAAGCAAUUCCUUCUUGGCAUCGUCAGUUUUGGCAAGAAUUGCGGUAAUGCGGCUUAUUCCAUGGGCGUCAAUACUCGAGUGACCUCAUAUAUUAGCUGGAUUCGACAGAAGAUUGGAUAUUCCAACUGCAUUGUAUCUAUGUAAGCACAUAGUUAUUGCAAAAGACUAAUAUGUACUUCAAAUUUUGUGUAAAUAUAACACUUACCCAAUUAUUAUAUA